AUGGUCAGAGAAGAGAUUGACGUAAUUAAUGUUGAUGCAGGUGUUGAUGCAAUGAAGAUUAGAACAGAACCUAGAUCAACUUGCACAACCAAAGUAGUGGGUGUAGGUGUGCCACAAUUUUCUGCAAUUCAAAACGUUGCAAAAACAUGUAAAGCAAGAAAAUGCGGGAACUGGUCACAUACAUUGUCAUCACAGAAAAGUGAAUUGGUAGAUUACUUAUCUCAUCCAAAAGAUUCCAACAUUUAUCUUUAUUGGCUCGUUACUGUUCCUUUUAAAAGAAACGCAAACAGGUAA